GGAUAAGGCCGGAAGAUGCGAAGGUGGCUAGUAUUUGAGACUGGCUACGACCUCAAACAGUCACUGAGGUCAGAUCAUUCUUAGGAAUGUGCGGCUACUAUAGAAACUUCGUAAAGAACUAUUCUACAGUCGCCUCUCCUUUGACUGAUCUAACUCGACUUGACACACCGUGGGACUGGAGUGAUGAGUGCGAGGGUGCUUUCAAGAGAUUGAAGCAUGCACUCAUGAAUCAUGAGGUCCUCAUGGUUCCCGAUCCUCAGAAGCCAUUCAUAGUGACCACUGACGCAAGCCAAUACGACAUUGGUGCAGUGCUGGCUCAGCAGGAUGGGAAAAAGUUGAGACCAAUUGAGUACAUGAGUAAGAAGAUGCCAUCAAAGAAGUUGGCAAAAUCCACCUACGAAAGGGAACUCUAUGCUCUGUAUAAAGCACUUGUCCAUUGGAGACACUUGCUAUUGGGAAGGUUCUUCUACUUGAGGACUGAUCAUCAGACCCUCAAAUGGAUCAAGACUCAACCGGCUCUUUCUGAUGCACUCAAGCGAUGGAUUGAGGUCAUAGAUCAAUAUGACUUCAAGCUUGAGUAUUUGAAGGGAGAGUAUAACAAGGUUGCGGAUACGCUAUCCCGUAGAGCAGACUACCUAGGUGCGCUAGUUUCUGACUUUGGCGUAUCUGACGAAGUAACUCAAUCAUUGGUGGGAGCCUAUCAGGAAGACCCUGUCACGAUAGACAUCAUGCGCAAACUUCAGGCAAAAGACAAGGCCACGGAAAGUGAGUUUGUGAUGGUGGACUGGUUGCUUCUGAGAAUCAACACCGUAGACAGUCCACAUUUCCGGUAGGGGAACGAGUCUGGGUCAAGGCGAGUGAGUUAGGACUGGAGUUCGGAAUCUC